AUGACAGUGCGGGUGAAAAUCCAUUCGACGGGCGUGUGCCAUACGGAUGCGUCGACGUUGUGGGGUCGUGAUCCCGAGGGCCCUGGUGGUUUGUUCCCUACCAUCUUGGGUCAUGAGGGGGCGGGAAUAGUCGAAAGCAUUGGAGAAGGCGUCACCAACGUCAAACCAGGGGACCACGUGAUCCCACUGUGGCUGCCGCAUUGUGGUGGUUGUCGUGCAUGUGGCAAGACAAACCUGUGCGAGAAAGUGUGGAAGAUGAUGGGGAAAGGGGUGCUCCUGGACGGCACCUCUCGGUUCACCUGUAAGGGGAAGACACUCUUCCACUAUAUGGGAACCUCUACCUUUUCUCAAUACACUGUUCUUCCCGAUAUAUCAGUCGUCAAAGUAAACUCGGCCGCCCGCCUCGACCGAGUGUGUCUGUUGGGCUGUGGGAUCCCAACGGGGUACGGGUCGGCCUUGAACACGGCGAAGGUGACUGAGGGCUCAUCGGUGGCGGUCUGGGGAUUGGGUACCAUCGGCCUCGCUGCCGUCAUGGGAGCCCGGAAAGCCAACGCCAAACGGAUUAUUGGUGUCGACAUCAAUCCAGAGAAAUUCCAAGUCGGAAAGAAGUUCGGUUGCACGGAGUUUGUGAACCCGAAGGAACACGAAGACCGUCCGAUCCAGGAAGUCCUGGCCGAUAUGACCGAUGGUGGACUAGACUUCACAUUUGAAUGCAUCGGAAAUGUCCAGACCAUGAGAGCAGCACUAGAGUCGCUGCAGAAGGGCUGGGGAGUAUCGACGAUCGUCGGAGUCGCCGGAAGAGGACUGGAGCUCGCCUUCCCUCCUUUCCAACUCCUCAUCGGACGCAAGUGGACCGGCUCAUUCUUCGGGGAUUACAAAGGAGAGGACCUGCCGGCAUUGGUAGAGGAAUACCUAAAAGGGGAACUCAUGGUAGAUGAAUUCGUCACGCAGGAACUCCAGAUGGACGACAUCAACAAGGCCUUCGAUUCUCUCCGCGGAGGCAAAGGGUAA